AUGAAACACCUCCUGCUGCUCACCCUGUCUGCCCUACUCUACUGCUGGGUCUCAGCUGACAUUCGAUGUCACUCCUGCUACAAAGUCCCUGUGCUGGGCUGUGUGGAUCGCCAGUCCUGCCGCCUGGAGCCCGGCCACAAAUGCCUGACAACAAACGUGUACCUUGGGAAGAUGUGGGUCUUCACUACCCUGCGCUGCGGCACACCAGAGGAGCCUUGUCGGGAGGUCUUCAACGAAACCAACCAUAAGCUGGGCCUGAACUACAACACCACCUGCUGCGACAAGGAUAACUGUAACAGCCCGGCUCCACGGCCCACACCCGCACUGGCCCUCAUCUCCCUCACCUCCUUGGCUGGCCUCGGUCUCUGGUUAUUGCAUUGA